GCUACACCCCUCAGUCAGACUCUUGGUCUGUUGUGACAGGUCUAGGCGAUAGGGCUAGCUGCGCCAUCGCUGCCUGCAACAACAAACUCUUCAUCACAGGAGGCCGCGAUAACAAGAACCAUGUCAUCUCCACAGUCAUGUGCUGGAAUGUGGAUGAAGGAGUCUUGACAGAAGAAUGUGCUUUGCCCGUGGGCGUGUCGCACCACGGCAGUGUCACACUGCUGAAGUCCUACACACACGUGCACAGAGUGGCACCUGUGUCUGAGCACCAAAGAAUUUGAAACGAAUGACAUUGGGUGUCCCUUUAGCCCAGCGAGAGACAAAAUCUUGGAGCUCCUGAACUCCUCUGAUUCAGCUAUUGUUGGACGGACAUCAUCAUCUCGAUACCUGGGCUAUGGACUUCAAUUGAAGUCAAAACGUUUCUUUUCACUGACAUGUUUUGGUCGAAACACGGUUGUCUUCUGAUUAAUAUUCAUUUGUGGAUUAUGAAUUAUGAACCCGAAAAGAAACUUUUGCUAAUUUUACCCAAACAAGUACUUAUAUUGUUGUCCGUGAACAUGCUCUGUGGAAAAUGGUGAACUGAAUCUGACUGUGGUUUGUGGACAUUCAUUUUGUUUGCUCUGGUCCCAGUAACCUGUUGCAAUAAGUAUACCCAAGAUGCAGAUGUGCUUUUGUGUGUCUGUCAGAAGAAAAAAAACAAAGAAGAAACCAGGAAAUGUUCUAUAAUUGCAACUGGUCCAACCAGUCUGCGAAAACAAGUGUUACAUUUGAGUUCUAGGUGCCUCAACCAUUCAGCGCCACUCCACAAGGAGCAGGUUGAAAGGUUCACCAAAAUUUGCUAGCAAAGAAGGAUAAAACUUGAUCUGGAUGUCAACUCGAAAGCUCAAAAUCUUUACCCAUCAUGGUUAAACAAUAUAGUUUGGUUAGUCUUUUGUACCAUCUCCUCGCUUUGGCUUGGGGACCCCUGGUCUACCAGUUCACACAAGGCCUUUCUGAAGUAUUCCAUGUUUGAAUGCUUGAUGACAAUCAUGGAAAUAUCCUUUAGAAGAAAUCAAGAAAUGUGCUUUAUCACCAAAGGCUCGGUAAACAUGCCCAACCCAAUUCCAUUCCUAUUGCAAGUGAUUGUUUACCAGUGACAUCACCUCUUAAGUGAAGGUUGCCUCUUCCCCAGAUUCUGCACGGCAUCUGGAAUAUGUGCUCAAGGGCCAAGAGAUAAACUUUCUGCCGUCUAUCCCCGGAAAACCCGAUCUAGUCGGGUGGAUACAUGAUGGUAUAGAUGUGGUGUGGUUCGAUCUGCAGAUGGGCAAAGAUGUUUUUCCUCCCUACGAGGACAGGAUCACUCUGAACCAAGAAUCUGCAAGACUCAUCAUCAAAGAUGCCACAUAUGAAGACAGCGGAAACUAUGACUUAAAGUUGAUGAUAAAUGGCCAGCAUCAUCGUUUAAAGUAUAGAAUUGAAGUUAUAGACAAAGUAGACCAACCACACAUAUCGUGUGUAUUGACCAGCCCAAACAGAGUGUUACUCAUUUGCUCAACAGACUCCAAACAUCCUGAUUUAUUGGAGUUUAAGUGGAGCUCAGAUGGAAAGGAGCAUCCAGGCCCAAACUGGCAAAUAAAUGUGAGGGGGAAACAUGAUGAUCGACUUUAUCGUUGUGAAGUGAGCAACCCUCUGACCAAGGAAACGGCCAAUUUCACUGCUGGCGACUGCUUCCUAGAACCUUUUGAAAAGACGAAGAAAAGGAUUCGAAGAAGUCCAUGUAACACGCCUGACGUAUCCCAGGAUCUGAAAUAUGUACUCAAGGGUCAAGAGAUAAACCUUAAGCCACCCAUCCCCGAAAAACCUGAUCUAAUUAUUUGGUUCUAUCAUGAUGGCCGAGGUGUGGUAUUAUUUGACGACAAGGGUGAAUUACAUUUUCCUUCAUACGAGGACAGGAUCAUUCUGAAUCAUAGUACUGCGGAACUCACCAUCAACAACGCCACAUAUGAAGACAGCGGAAAUUAUACCUUAAGCUGGAACAUAAACAAUGAGGAAUGUCGCUUAAAGUACCCAGUUGAGGUUAUAGACAAAGUAGACCAACCACACAUAUCGUGUGUGUUGACCAGCCCAAACAGAGUGUUGCUCGUUUGCUCAACAGAAUCCAAACAUCCUGAUUUAUUGGAGUUUAAGUGGAGCUCAGAUGGGAAGGAGCAUGCAGGCCCAAACUUGCAAAUAAAUGUGAGGGGGAAACAUGAUGAUCGAGUUUAUCGUUGUGAUGUGAGCAACCCUCUGACCAAGGAAACGGCCAAUUUCACAGCUGGCGACUGCUUCCUAGAACCUUUUAAAAAGACAAAGAAAAGGAUUCGAAGAAGUCCAUGUAACACGCCUGACGUAUCCCAGGAUCUGAAAUAUGUACUCAAGGGUCAAGAGAUAAACCUUAAACCACCCAUCCCCGAAAAACCUGAUCUAAUUAUUUGGUUCUAUCAUGAUGGCCGAGGUGUGGUAUUAUUUGACGACAAGGGUGAAUUAAAUUUUCCCUCAUACGAGGACAGGAUCAUUCUGAAUCAUAGUACUGCGGAACUCACCAUCAACAACGCCACAUAUGAAGACAGCGGAAAUUAUACCUUAAGCUGGAAAAUAAACAAUGAGGAAUGUCGCUUAAAGUACCCAGUUGAGGUUAUAGACAAAGUAACCAAACCCAACAUAUCCUGUGAAAUGGUCAACCUAAAGCAGGCAUUCCUUGAGUGCUUAACAGAGGGCAAAAGUGAUCCUUUGUUAAAAUUUAAUUGGCGCUCACAAGGAACCGAGCAAACGGGUCCAAUUUUGAAAAUAAAUCUCAGCGAUGAACAACAUGUUUAUCACUGUGAUGUGAGCAACCCCCUGACCAAUGAAACGGCAUCAUUCCUCGCUAAGGACUGCUUCCUUAAUGCCCCUUCCCCAGAUUCUGCACGGCAUCUGGAAUAUGUGCUCAAGGGCAAAGAGAUAAACUUUCCGCCGUCUAUCCCCGGAAAACCUGAUCUAGUCAGGUGGAUGCAUGAUGGUAGAGAUGUGGUGACGUUCGAUCCGCAGACAGGCAAAGAAGAUGUUUCUCCUUCCUACAAGGACAGGAUCACUCUGGAGAAAGAAUCUGCAAGGCUCAUCAUCAAAAAUGCCACAUAUGAAGACAGCGGAAACUAUGACUUAAAGUUCAGGAUAAAUGACAAGCAUGAUCCUUUAAAAUACAGAAUUGAGGUUAUAGACAAUGUCACCAAACCCAACAUAUCCUGUGAAAUGGUCAACCUAAAGCAGGCAUUUCUUGAGUGCUUAACAGAGGGCAAAAGUGAUCCUUUGUUAAAAUUUAAGUGGCGCUCACAGGGAACCGAGCAAACGUGUCCAAUUUUGAAAAUAAAUCUCAGCAAUGAACAAUAUGUUUAUCACUGUGAUGUGAGCAACCCCCUGACCAAUGAAACGGCUUCAUUCCUCGCUAAGGACUGCUUCCUUAACAACAAACUGAACUCUACAGAUUGGAUAUAUUAUGUAAUCGUUGUGUGCCUUGUAAUCGGCUUCAUUGCAGGAUACCUUUUUCGCACAAAAUGGCAAUGUUCAGAACCUUUUGAAAUUAUACGAGCAAAAUGUUUUGAAACUACAGAGGUCGCAAGUCCCAGUGCGGCCAUGGAAAUGAAACCCUUAGUGACACUCAGCACCAAUCAGACAAGAAAACGAAACCUUGGCUCAGAACGUUUGAAAAAUAUACCAGCAAAAGAUUUUGAAAAACGAGAAACUACAGAGGUCGCAAGUCCCAGUGCGCCUAAAGAAAUGAUACCCCCAGUGAGACGCCACACAAUGUAACAUUGUAUAAACCUUUGAUGUCCCUUUGAUGUCUAUUGUAUGCAAAUAAUGCACAAUGUAACAAUGUAUGAACCUUUGAUGUCCCUUUGAUGUCUAUUGUAUGCAAAUAACAAUGUAUAAACCUUUGAUGUCUAUUGUAUGGAAAUGACAAUAUAUAAACCUUUGAUGUCUAUUGUAUGCAAAUAAUGUAUAAAUCUUUGAAGUCUAUUGUAUGCAAAUGUCUAUUGUAUGCAAAUGUAUAACCUUUGAUGUCUAUUGUAUGCAAAUGUAUAUCCUAAUGAGUUAGGCGCCAAGAUGGCGCCAGUCGAGACGGCGCCAUCUUUGGGUGACGCCAUUUUGGUUUGCUUGCGCCAUUUUGGAUGGGGACUUGUAUGGGCAUGUAUGGGUCCUGUAUUAUAGCAGCCGGAUGUAAUUUGACAUUCAAUGGACAUGUCAAUGGUGUAUCUAAUUUUACAUUCAAUAGUUAGUGGGGUCUGUCCAAUAGUUUGAGUUUACGUUUUACUAUUCCGUGUUGCUUCCGUUGUAUUUUGUAAAAAAGAAAUAUAAUGGGUCAUUCUAACAUCACCUCAGUGGAGUCAGAUUUUCUAACAAACAUUGAUGAAAUAGAUUUGCAACCAUUUUUGUGAAACAAAGCAAAGAAGUGAUACAUCUGAGCUAGAUUUGCUAUCAACCAAUGCGUCUAGGAGUCAAGGGGGGAGUUUUGUUGAAAAAAAGGCAUUUGAAGGAGAUAGGCAAGGUGUUGCUGCACCUAAUUUGACAUACAAUAGCUUGUGGGGCCACCGAUAGUUGAGUAAGGAGAGUCAACAUUUAUUGGCUCUGAGUUGUCUGUGUAACUUUGUUGAAAAAGGCAUCUGAAGGAGAAGGGCAAGGGGGAUCUAGCAAGGAUGAGAUGAUGAAUGAAAGCUAAAUACAGAUGGUGUCUUUAGCCUCAUUGCUUACCGGUGUGCUUAAUCCACAGGCGAGGACUAGUGAUGAACACCUCUCCCAGACACGAGAACUCAAUAGUUAAUAAAGACUACGACUUUUAACAGUGAGAACGUGAGGGGGUCGGGCCAAGCAAAGAAAUCCCAGAAUGCUGUGGAAACUGUCCAGAACUGGGUGACUCCAUACUCUUAGAGGAAAGCUAAACAUGUGACCUACUAUUAAUCUCAAAAACCUAUCUCCUAUAAUUCACGUGUGCAAUAUAAGAUAUAAUAUUUAUAUUUAUUCGCUUUUUUGUUUUUUUAAACACUUUUUUUGUAUUUUGAAACACUUUUGUAAAUGUUUUAAAGUCAAACUUACUUGCAGAAGCACUCAUUCAUUUAAAUAAAUAAGAAAAUAAAUAUGAGUAAAUAUAUUGUUUUGUAUUGUAUUGUAUUGUAUUGUAUUGUAUUGUAUUGUAUUGUAUUGUAUUGUAUUGUAUUGUAUUGUAUUGUAUUGUAAAUAAGUUUUGGAUAUUUUCUGGUAGUUGUUGUACAUGAUGAUUGUUGUUUGAGAAAUACAGAAUUUUGUUUUCCUGCACCCUUUCAAUUUCACUCCCAUCUAUUUCUAUUUGUACCUUUAUGUUCACUGUGCCUUUGCCAAAUAACAUUAACUUGGUCUUACAUUUAAUGAUAAUUUGUUAUAGCAUAAACAUAGUGUGCAGUGCAAUAUUUUAAUGUCUCUAUAUAAUGUCUCUAUAUAAAUUUUUGUGUACGGUUGGGGUAAAUUGUGAAUGAAAAAUAAACAGCUUAAACAAA